GACCAGCGCCCGACGUGACGUUAAAGCAUUCGAGGACGUUAAAACACAUUUUUACACGAAUUAUUGGAUUCAGUCAAACACAGUAAAACCAUUUCUAAUUGAUUCAUGUGCACUUCUCUGUUGUUUUUCAUUGACAGGAAACAAAGUCCAAUUCUGUCUGCAUUCUUUAUUUGGCCGCAUGGUGAUGACGUCACUGGCAUCAAUACAGCAGAAGACGAGGCACGAGUGAGGAAUUAAACUUUAAACAAGGAUGGGAGAGUCUCGACUCAUCGUUGAGGAGAUGCUGGCGCUUUGUCUCCAAGGAAUGGCAAUGGAGGAAAGUGCCAGGACCACCGAGCUCGAGUUCCUGGAAGUGGUGAACAACUUUGAGAGCUUCCGGAAGCGAUGGCUGCAGGCGGAGUUGGAGAUGAAGAAGUACAAGGAGCUGCUGGUCAAGUCGGACGUGGCCAAAGCUGCUCUGGAGGUCAAACUGAAGCACGCCCGCAACCAGCUGGACGUGGAAAUGAAGAAGCGCUACAAGAUGGAGGGUGACUACCAUUACCUGCAGCGGCAGAUGCAGCUCAUGUGCGACAUCCUGGUUCACGACAGCAGAUCCAGCGCCUGCUUGAACGAGGAGCAGAGAUCUCUUCUGGCCGCCUUCGACCACAAAGGACCCAACGUGACUCUGCAGCGCAGCAGCAAACGAUUGUCUGCCAUCGACGAGUCAUCCUUCUUGUCGCACUCCGACAUCAGCUACGACCGGACAGAUGACGACAUGGACCUGGACUCUGCUGUCAUCAAACCUCUGCGCUCGCGUGCGCGAGAGAGGAGGCGCACGUCCAUGAGUGUCAGCCUUGCUGCCCCCGUAGGAAGGCUCGGGCGAGGCGGCAAUAUUUCUGCCGAGCUCCUGGAGUCCAAAACCCUGGGCAAGGAGGUGGAGACCAUGGUCAGGGCGUCGGUGGAGAUCCCCGAGACCGGCGGUGAGGUUCCCUUGGCGGUCGGCGUCCUGCGGGAGGAAGCAGGCACUUCCACGCAGGAGACUGCUGGAGACCAAAGGUCCGUGUGGGACCAAGUGCAGAUGAGAAAACACCUCUUCCUCUCCAAGACGGUGAUCCGCCCCGAGAUGUGUCUGCCUUGCGGAAAAAGAAUCCGCUUUGGCAAGAUGGCGCUCAAGUGCAGAAAGUGCCGCACUGUCGCUCAUCCCGAGUGCAAGCAGAAGUGUGGCGAAAGCUGCCCCGAUGGCGUGGCGCCAACAGGAAAUGCUGAGAUGGACUGCCUGGAGGCUUUGGCUCCUCCCACUCAUCCCAGGGUUCCUGCGCUGGUCAUGGAGUGUGUGCGAGAGAUCGAGAGGCGGGGCUUACAGGAGCGAGGCCUCUACAGGGUUCCUGGUGGCGAGCGGCAGGUGAAGGAGUUGCGGGAUCGCUUCCUGGCUGCUAAAACGCCGCUUCAGCUGGGGAAGGUUGCAGACAUCCACGUGGUCUGUGGCGUCCUCAAAGAUUUCCUGAGGAAGCUCAAAGAACCACUGGUCACCUUCCGGCUCCAUCGCAACUUCAUGGAAGCUUCUGAGAUGAGCGACGAGCAUCACUCGUCGGCCGCCAUGUUUCAAGCCGUCGCUGAGCUGCCCAAGUCCAACCGAGACACGCUGGCCUUCCUCAUGCUUCACUUCCACAAGGUGAUGCAGAGUCCUCUGUGUCAGAUGGACCACAAGAACUUGUCUCGGGUGUUUGGACCCACUCUGGUGGGGCACGGCAUGUCUGAACCCUCGCCGUCGACCAUCAUGCAGGACACAAACGUGCAGCCCAAGGUCAUCUGUCGCUUGUUGUCUCUCCCAGAAGACUACUGGAGGCGGGUCCUGAGUGUCCAGACAAAAACCACCAACCCUGCCCCAGGAAGUGUGUCUUCAGCUCGCUUCUUCAAGCCGCUAACCUCUCCUGAGAUGAAGAGCUACACGGCCCUGGGCUCCAAUCCGGGUCGCAUCAAAAACUUGGGCAGUGCUUUCAGCAAAGGUGUACUUCUAACAAUCCCGGAGACAAAAGAUACUAUUCAUCUUAAAGAGGACAUCAUUUUCAGAAGGUGGAAGCAAAAGUUGAUCAAUGAUGGGAGGUGGAGUGAGUCUGUGGAAGGUCAAAGGUCAACACAAAGAAGACUGACUGACACCAUCUUGAUACUUCAUUUGACUCUCUUUCAGUCUUUUAUUUUGAAGCAUCCUGGGGUUCCAAAACAAGUGCAUGAAGUUGUGCAAAACGUAACAAGACAGUUUGGAGCGUCAGUCACAAACUUGGUACCGUGAAAGAAGACGACACUCUGCAUUAUAUGGAAAACAUCAUCUUUUAGCCUUUCAACUGUUGUCACUUUUCUUCACGUCAAAGUGAAAGUAUGGCUUAAGCAGUGCAAAAAGUCAACAUUUGAAAUCAUUUGCACAUAAACAUCAUUAAAGGAGAAUUGUACUUUUUAA